AUGAAGUCAUCUACGGCUCGUGAGCUGGUGCGGCAAAUUACACGAACCCAUGGCCAUCUCUCAGAGGAAUUCCUCAGUCAGCUGGAGCCGUAUCAGCGAAGUGAAAUCGAGUAUGCGAUGCUACAGAAGGAUGGAAUGAUAGGGUCUUCGACAAUCACCCUCGCAAAGAAUCUAUAUAACAGUAGCGCCCGCUUUGUGUUUGAACUGUUGCAGAACGCAGACGAUAACUCUUAUACCACCGCCAAAGCAGCGAAUGCCAGCCCCUAUGUCUCGUUCUCUGUCCACGAUCAGCGGGUAAUUGUCGAGUGUAAUGAAGACGGUUUCACGCGCGAAAACCUGGUGGCGAUUUGCAGCGUUGGCAAAAGCUCCAAGACGGGUGCCCAGGGGUACAUUGGGGAGAAGGGAAUCGGUUUUAAAUCGGUUUUCAUGGUAGCAUGGAAAGUCCAUAUUCAGUCGCGGGACUUUUCUUUUUCGUUUCGACAUCGAAAGGGGGAUUCUGGAAUGGGAAUGAUUUCGCCUGUAUGGGAAGAGACUGACGAGGUCUUGCCACAGCCUCUUACUCGAAUUACCCUGUUUCUCUAUGACAAUGACACGGACGGGAUGCUUACCAGGCAACGCGAGAUGAUGCUUCAGCAGUUCCGGGAGCUGAAGGCUACGUUUCUCCUGUUUAUGAAGAAUCUCCGGAGCAUCGAGGUCAGGAUUCACGACCAGUCCAACAAUGAGAUCUCUUAUACGAUCUUCUCCAUACAAGGCCAGCAGGGGACCAAGGCCACGUUGACGCAAGUAACAAUGCAAGAUGGUGAUACACAGAUGCACGAGCAAUACUACUAUACAACAAGACUCACAGCCCAUGAUAUCCCCAGAAGCGAGAAUCGACAGUAUUCGGAGGUAGAGAUCGCAACUGGGGCAUACGCUGAAACAGAUAUUAUUCUGGCGUUCCCCUUGACACACGAUUGGCUUCCAAUUAUUGAGCCACAGGAAGUAUUUGCCUUUCUGCCAAUACGAAAUAUGGGUUUGCCGUUCCUUAUUCAAGCAGACUUCGUGACGGAUGCGAGUCGACAGGAUAUCGUUAGGUCGUCUGCCCGCAAUAUCAAACUUCUUCCGGCCAUUGCGCGCGCUUUCAUACAGACUGUGGAAUACCUUUGUACGCAACGUAUCCUACCGUACGAGUGGAUGAGGUAUCUGCCUGAUAUUGGGUGGAAUGCUCAGGAUAGCUUUUGGAAGCACCUGCCAUCUGAAAUUCGGUCCCGGCUCCAACGAUCUAGCAUUCUAUUGACUCGGAGUAAUUCCAGUAUGCGCUGCAUUAAGGAUAUGCGCUUGCUUCAGGCUAGGAUGCGUGAUAAGUUGGGAAGGCCACUGCUCCCUGACUUGAAACCUGAACAGUAUCUUUCUCCCCUAUAUGCAACCAGUGACUUGAGUCGUUUGGAGCAGUAUGGACUGCGGGAAAUGAGUUUUGCGGAAUUCCUCGACAGGCUUGAGCGAGACAUGCAAAAUGGCGCGUUCUCAGUAAUGCGAAAUCCGAGUACCGACGAUGACUGGCAUACAGACAUGGCGCACUUCUUGCUUGCCAUUUCAGAUCAGCCGAUAUGGAUCAGGGUAUGUAACAUCAAUCUCAUCCCAAUAAUGGGAGGGGAAUGGGUCUCUGCGACGUCCAUGCGAUGUAACCCAGUAUAUUUCACCCGCGUGCAGGGAUAUGCUCUUCCAACGGACGGCAUAUUCAGAUUGAUUUUACCCAGGGCAGAGAGAAAUGCCAUUCGCAAAAGGCUCUUUGCUCAUCUCGGCGUUCGAGAGGCAUCUCUGCAAGAUGCUCGUGAUCGAAUUAUCACGAAUGACGCGCUAGCAUAUCCGGGGCUUGAAAUCUCUCGAUCUCGUUUACAGUUCCUUUACCUCACUGCACAUCUACAGGGAGACAUGGAAUUUCCACCUAGGGCUCAUAUAGCCCCCCAGCGACUUCUAGCUAAAUUCAGUCCCAGUCCAGCAAUUCUCCACCCGGAAUAUAUGCAAGACUGUCCCGAAAAGCCUGAUAAGGAAACUCUUUCGUGGAGAGAGUGGCUGACUACAUUGUUCAGUAUCCGCGACAUGAUACCGCUCACUUCUCUCACAAGUUUAAGCCCAGAGUGUCUUCAUAUAGCCGGGUCAUGUUCGCACGAAUUCCUGCCAUUUCUCCUACGGUCGUGGAAGGCUGACGGGCCAAACAUUGCAAGCAACCCCAACCUUGUCAAGGCCUUGCUAGAUACUGAAGUUCUGUGCGAAAGUGGAAGGAUGUAUCCCCUGGGUAAAACAUACGUUCGCACUGCUCAAAUCCAAUAUGCCGAUGGCUUUCUACGAGAUGGAGAAUUCUUUCCGUGGCUCAAGGUUACUUCAUCAGAUGAGGCAGGCCUGCCCGACAUAGGGGUCCUCACUACAGCAUUAGGGUUUGGAUACCCUAAAUCAGACCUCGAAUUCUACAUCACCAUUCUAGAAUUCGUUGCCGAUGCAAACAGAGACAAGGCGGAAGUGGUCGAUGUAUCCCGUAUAUUUGCUCUCUACAAUCGGAUUGAGACAAGAUACCACGAGUCUGUAACUCGAGAGACGUCUGCCGAAAUGAUCGUGUACGACCCCCAUAUCAGAUCGGCGUUCAACGCGAAACCCCUUAUUUAUGUUCCUGGGUACGGCUCGAAAUCUGCCACCUGGGCGCUUCCUGAGAAAUGCCUGUGGGAAGCGCCUGAAUAUAUGCAUUGCGCAUACCCAUUGAAGUCACGAUUCCGCGCCAUUACAAAGGAGAAGUAUAUUAGCACUCUCUUCCAUGACACUCUAAAGAUACAAAAUGCCGGAAUCGUGGAGUUUCUCUCGGAGCUGCGAUGGGUCCGGCUCUUCGAGUCUCCCAGCUACACCCUGAUGAUCGAUGUGUAUCAGGAGCUGAACAGGAGACGGCCUAAUAUGAGCAGCUCCAUGAUGGAUGCAAUCCGAGCACAAUUUGAUGAUUUGCGGCUUGUAUACUACGAGUCUGGUGGUAGCACCAGGUGGUACAGACCCUCUGAGUGCCUGUGGUCAACUGUAACAGACAUCAAAGGAAUGGUGGCACUCAAUGACGCAUAUGAAGACCUUGAUGACUUUUUCACUGAAUUCAUCGGUGUCCGGACGCUCACUCUGCAGAUGAUUCAUGAUAAACUCGUGGAAGAAGGAAACAGCCAAUCGUCACCAGAACAAAUAAAGGAGACAAUUUGGCUACUCAAUUCAUAUAUGGAGAGUGAUAGCAGUCUCGCUGAUCCAAUUCGAGUUUUACAGGCCAAGGUGUUCCCAGUGAGACACUCAAACGGCGUGGUUGAACUGUGCAGCUCCGCCGAGGGCUUUGGUAUAUCAGAUCGCAAACACCUGUCGGAUUUGUUUGCGAACAGGGCGAAAUUGCUCGACUUCGAUGUCAAUGAGAUCGCACGUUUGGAGCCAUUUCUCCAGUGGACCGGGUUGGACAAGCGAUAUCUAUCAUCUUCCGUCAAGGAAAUAUCCAUGGUGCGUGGAGACUCCCACGGGUCUCUGACUUCACCGGAGCGGAAUAUAGCGCGAAAGGCAUACGGUUUACUUCGACUCGGUGUUCAUUUCAGAAGUCCACGAGUCAGAAGUGGCGAACAACCGUUCUAUGAGAUACUGAAGAACAUCGAUGUCCGCGAGACAGAUGGAAUUAGUUCCGAGUUGCAUUUUCACCAGGAUGGAAAGGAUAUUGUGGUUGAAGUCAGCAAGAGCGAGCUGCAUUUCCACGAGUCAGAAGACGGACUUAUAAUCUACGUUCCUCGCGACGAGGAGACACAGUUCCUAUGCUUCCUCGACAGAAUACCGCUUGCACUUCUGGAAUGGAUCAUGACUGAGCCACUGACUGGGAUCUGUGAGGUGUUCAAUGACAAGGCUUUAAAUGUACUAUCGAUGGUUCUCCAAGCUGAGCCCAAGUAUGUUGGUAUGACUCUUGACCGGGCUGGUAUUAUGUCCGUCGAGACGCCAGAUGAUACACCGGCCGAGGAACCUAUCACUGGGCCUAACCAUGAAGGGUCUGACCAGUUUAAUGUUGGCGUGACUCCAACAGGAUCGAAUGAGUUAUCUCUGGGCGAACACUAUGUCGCCGUAUCCCCUGAUGAUUCUAUCUCUGCUGCUUUUUCACGGACUUCAACACUCUCGCCAGCAACCAGCAGACCACAAUUUACUCCACAGGAAGCAGCCAGUGCAGCAAGUUUUGUACCUACCAGCCGUAUAAUACCGCACCAGACAGUCGAUACAGCCUACCGGACUCUUCUUCGCAAAGUUGUGAACGCCGCCAGGGCCUCUUCAUUCCCCAGUAGAGGCUCUUUCGACAUGACGGCCCUUACCGGCUCUCUCGAUCCAUACAGUGAACCUUUCCAGUUUUAUGGGCUUGAUAAGCCUUACCGGGAUGUUCUUGUCGGGGCAGCGGGCGAGCUAUUCGUGUUCGAGAUAUUGGCCCGUCUAAACCCGCCCCUUCCUGGAUUCUCGCGUGAUAACUGGCAAAGCACAAUUCGCAAACACGUCACACUCCACGAGGACUACACUGAUCUUGAGCCUUGGAAUGGCCGAGAGAGCGCCGAUAUCACCUACACUGAUACGGAAGGCGCUUUCACCUCGCUACUCGUGACGAAUGGGUACUUGGAUGAUACGUGGGCAGAUGCAAGACCGCAAUAUUUCCUAGAGGUCAAGUCUACGACGUCCAAAUGCGACGCACCGUUUUAUAUGAGCAGACAUCAGUAUGAACGUGUGCGUUAUCCACUUAUCUCCUAUAACAUCCCAGUGAACCACCGGCUAACUGCGACCGAGUAG